AUGUGGGCUCUAACCAAUAUUAUAGUAUUGCCAUUUUUGGCAUGGUUUUUUGCUAUAAAUGCACGAAUAUCGCAACACAUUUAUGUUGUCUUUAUACAUCCCAAUAGAUUCCGUUCAAAAUUUGACGGUUUUGAACUAAUGGGUAAAGGGAGGCAAAUAGUAUCGGUGCGGAGAAGCGGCAAAACUAAGGUUAAGAACAAGUCCAAGAACAAACAAGUCCUAGACGCUAAUGAAACAGAUGAUACAGAUGAUGGCCCAAUUGAGGAACUUGACCUCAAGAAACUGGAAGAGGAAGCCAAGGAGCAUAUCAAGUAUAUCCAGUCAGAAGAAUACCAACGCAAAUUGGAAAUGGAACGGAUGGCAGAAAAAUCUGAUUUAUAUUUGAAUGUUUUUAACAUAAGGGAUCCAAUAAUAGCUUCGGAUUUAGUUGGGCAUGAUAUCCCAUACGGUCUGAUACCACAAGAUCGGUAUGAACUAAUGAAAUUGUACGGGCACAUGGGCGAUCCUUUUCACCCAGUAAUGACUCAAUCCAUAACUGUAAACCUUUUAACUCAGCGUCUUUUUGGCAGCAGGAGGCAAUUAACUCGUGAUGAAUUUUAUUAUAGAUUGGAUUAUAAAAUGCCCUUCUACAUGCCAGGGUAUGGAAAUGUCUUUUUCAUAGAUAAAAUCAGAUGUAUUAGGGGGUGGUAUAUCGCCAGGGGUCUAAAACAAUCACCUGAAGGGCCAAACGUAUAUCAAGGCGAAUUCAAACUUUUACUGGAAGACAAUGAAUACUUGAUUUCCGACGCUAUACGGCAUGUAAAUGCGGAAAUCAAUAGGCAGGGAAUCCAUCCCGCCAUGAUAGAUAUGAUUUGGGACUUCUUCACAGAUAACCCAUCAACUAUUAGCAGAGAUGAAGUGAGCUACAAGCUUAACUACAUCAUGGAUAGGGUUAGGCAUAGGGAAGAUAUGGAGGGUAUAUCUCCAGACAACUUCUACUACGUUUUCAAAGCCGAGGCCAAAGAAAGGCUGGAAACUUUUGACAAGAAGAGCUUUAUCCAGGAACAACUUACGGCGCUGCACCUAGAAGAGCUGCACAAAAUGGCCGUAUCGCAAAAUGCAAUGGUUAGGAAGCGGCGGAAAAUACUAAUGAAAGCGUAUAAAGAGGAGCUUGAAGAAUUAUAUUCAGUAGAACCUCCUGACCUAUACAAGAAGUAUGAGAGGGAGAAGUUGGGGGAAUAUCGCAAUCUUUUGGGACGUAUGAAGGCGCUUCAGCUUAGAAGAAAAGAGUUGAGGAUGGAUCCCGACCGUAAAAGGCCGGAAAAGACCAAACCUAAGAAGGAGUUGAAGGAGAAGAAGGCAUCCAGGAGGAAUAAAAAACAAGGGAAGGGAUGA